AUGAACACUUUUCGCUCACUCGCUCUCGCCGCAGUCGUUGCUGGUGCUGCUGCCGAAGCCGUGAACAAUGGCACUCCUCAGGGCGAAGUCAUCAAAGAUCUACCCAUGAUCGCUCGCGACGGCACUUGUGCUAAGCUUCCCAAGCUGUGCACCGCUCGGGCUGUGAUUGAUGACUACACUACCACCCUCACCUACCUCUGUCCUGAGGCCGCUACCACCCAUGAGCGCUCGACCGUGCACGUUACCAUCACGAAGACCGUCACGGUGACGCCACCUGACGCUGAGACUACCGGGAGCCUGACCGGUACUGUGGUCGCUCCUGUUCCCGCCAUUACCGACACGACGACCACGAUCCACUCAACAUUGACUCAGUACAAAACCAUCACUCUUGUUGGCCACAAAGGCUCGCCUACGCCCACGAAUGCGGUUCCUGCUCCCGCUGUUCCUAUCACUGGCUACUUCUCUGCAACCAUGCCCACGGAGCUACUGUCCGUCGCUCAUCCUCCCCCCACCGAGACUAAAGAGCCUGUUUACACAGUGCAAACCUCGACUCCAGCCGUGACACCGACUCCUGGCUACGACUUCCCCACGAUGUUGCCGCCUGUAAUCAACGGAACAACCACUGGAGUCUUCUACUCCGCACCUAUCGCCAACUCCUCCGUUGUCCACCCGACUCCAUUCUUCUCCAACACGACCUCCGCUCAUCCUCACUAUUCUGUCCCUACCUUGAAUAUGGCGAACAGGGAUGCAGAGAUCCUCAAGACUGCCAAGGGCACCGCUGGAAAAGUCGGUGCUUCGCUUGUCGCUCUCAGCUUCGGUCUGAUGGUAAACGCCUUCCUUGUUUGA